GAUAUGAAACCUGCUUUAUCAACAUUUGGGUCAGCACAUGGAUAGCUGUUGGAUGGUAAAGGAAUGAAAAAAUAGGCAAAUCAUAGGCAGAAAAACACAGAUUUUGCUGUAUGUUUGCCUGUGCGACGCAGAUUCUGCAGCGAAUGGCUGUUCUGGUGGUGUGCUAUGACUUAGCAGUGGGCCAGAUCAUCUCACGGGACCUCCUGAUCCAGAGACCCACGUCCUGGUUCAAAGCUCAGGAGUUCUGUCAGAGGCACUAUGUGGACCUCGCCGUCCUGAGCACGGAAGAGCAAUACUUCACCCUCCUCAAUGCCACGAUUGCAAGCAAAGUCAGCUUUUGGCUCGGCCUGCAGCGUCAGAGCAUCUUCAGUGGCUGGAAGUGGGUGAACGGGGAAGAGCUGGGCUAUGAACACUGGUACAGGAGAAACUACGGAGGCCGCUGUGCAAGUCUGGAGGCAAUGCUGAAGAAAGACAAGAAGCUGCUGGCUCGCUACUGUGAAGAGCUGCACAUGUUUGUCUGUCAGGGUCCAGUUUCUCCAAAGACAGUGACGGUGGACUCAGCGGGCUCCGAUCACGUGACUCUCAGCUGGAACGUCUCAGCGUCUAUGCAGAUGACGCCACACCGUUACAACGUGACAACAUGCACCAACACAUGCGAUACGCUCGUUUUCCCCUACACCGAUGGCUCGGCCUUCAUGAACAUCACCAUUUCCAACCUGACUUCAGCCACAGAGCACUUCAUAGAGGUUUCUGCUUUUGUUGUUCGGCCCGACGGUGUUACUGGAGAAAAUGUGACUCUUCAAAGUAACCCGACAGCUUUACAAGUCAAAACAGUGGACUCUGAUGGGCAGCACAGAGUCAUCAAUAUCAUUUUGAUGUUGUUGAAGCUCUUGUCUCUGACUCCUCCACUGGGGCUUCUUUAUCGUAUCCUGAAAAAAGGUGAUGUCAAGGAGUCAGAUCACGCCGUCUCACCGGUGGAGCUCUCAACUGAGGAAUCAAUUGUUACUCUGAUCUCUGAGGAAACCGAAAAAAUCCUUAAGAUUUAGAUGACGGGAAAAGGCUAUUUAAUCCUUUAGUAACCUUGUUCUCGAUGGCAUGAAUUGUUUACGAAUGUAAACAUGAAAUAUCCUGAACAAGUUCAAUAUCAUAACAACGAUAUGAAGACGAAUUUGCUAAUCUGGCAAAAACUAGGCUGAUGAAAAAUACAGAAUUGAACACAACUGGUCAGUUUAAGGAAAACAAGUGUUUGAGAAACUGACCAGAUGGUCAACUCAACUGGUAAGUGAUGAGAACAUCGACAUAGAAAUGACCCUCCAUGUGACCUUGUAGAUCACUUGUUUCAUUGCUCCAUUCUUCUCCAUUUUGCAUAAACCAUCUCAGUAUUCCCACGUUCCUGUCGCUGCUUCACAGUAAAAGCCUUUCGGUAGCUAACUUGUUGCUCAGAGGUGCUGAGUUGGUAUAAAUCAAAAUUAGGACAUCUUUGGGUGCUUUUUGGUUUACUUUGAAACCUUUAAAUAAGGGAAUGGACUUUAACCUCUAAUUUCCGACUUCUACGUUCUGAAACAGCUAAACACUAAAAAAGUUGCACACUAAAAACGUUCAGAAAAGCCAGAGUGAAAGGUGUAAGCUUAGAUAAUGUCUAUAGAGUGCUUCAGCAAUGACGUAUUUUUGUGGGCCAACCAGGAAGUUAGCAUCGUACUGGUUCCCUCCACAAAAAGCCAAUGGGAUUUUUCCAAGGGUUUUGGAUUAUUGCAGAAAAUAAGCUCUGUGGCAAAUGAACUACACCACAGUUGCAUGAGCACGAGUAUACACAAUGAGGCUGUAAAGGCGGAUGUGUCGGUGUGAUGACGUUUUGUAGUUUAAUUUAGCCUCGUUAGCAACCACUUUUUUUAAGACACAAAUUAUGUAUUUUAUGUCAUAGAACAAAAUGUUAAAAUCUAUUAAGCUUGUGUUAACUUCAGACCUUAUUUCAGGCAGCUAACUAAAAACCCAUUGACUUCUAGACGAGGGAACAGGAAGUGCUAAAAUGCUUACUCAUUUCCUUGUUUUAGGACUCGUUCCUGCAGCACUCUUCUCAUGCUGUUCCUUUACAGAAACACAGUUAGCACUGAUUUUGAUCACAGUUCACAUGAUCAAGAUAGAGAUGUGAUUGUGGUUCACCCACAAUAUCCAGUAAGAAAGCUUAACCUUUUAUUUUGAAGCCUUUAGAGGAAUUGUAUUAUUUCAUCAAUGCAUUUUUAUGCAUCUGUUUUUGGAGCUAGUUCUGAUGAGCAACUAUGAUGUUUAACUGCAGUCAGUGGACGUUUGGUGGUAUUUUUGUGUCAUAUUUACUAUCGUCUUAUCCGUUUUUCCACUAAAACUAGCAGACUACUGGUUUCAUUUUCUUACGUUCUCAUUUCUGAAAUAUUGCCAGUGUCGUAAAAUCACUCAUUAUAAUCUGAGCUGAUGUGUUAUCAUGGAGCAAAUGAGCAAAUGAUCUUCAAUGGAUAAAUCAAUGAGCCGUAGAGUCGAUGUAGAUGAUUUACUUCCAGUUGGGAAACCGUGUGUGAUCUGUAUUUAGAGGCUUUCCUUCCUCUCAAAAUUAUGACGUUCUCAUACGUACUGUACUGUAAGUUCAACAAAGGUGGGAACAAUGUUCUCAAAAUGUAAUUUAACUACUAAACUGUAGGCGGCAGCAUUUGCACGACCAGCCUUUCUGCAACUUCAUGUGACUGCAGCUGAAAAAGAAAGAGUCAUUGAAUCAGCUGCAAGAAGAAAUUGCAAAGUAUAAGUUACUUAUUUUCUUGACACAAUAUGUGCUAUUUCAUCUGGUGUUCCUGCAUGCCAGAUGUUACAACUGACCCUAAAAAGUGAUUUAAAGCUUUAAAACUAAAAACGUUAUUUCAGUGAAAUCAUAUGAGAGAAUAUUUUAGUUCAGAUUAACGCUUAAAGUGGAACUUUAAUGUGAAUGUGUCAGCAAAUUCUGAUAGUAUUAGUCAUAUCAUGGCAUUUGGUAUCUCUUUGCACUUUUAUGUUGUUUUUAUUAAUUGUUUGCUCUCAGUAGCCUGUUUUGUUUGAUACAGUAUUUUAAGUUUGGGCCUAUAAUCACAUGCUGACUAAGUAAAAUCAUAAUUUUUUAUUAUUAUCAUCAUCAUCAUCAUCAGCAGGCCUUUGCUGUUACUACACUCAUUUGGAUGUUUU